CGGCGGCGUGGGGUGUGCGGUGGGAGGCAGUGGCGGUGGAGGAGGAGAGGAGUGAGGAGCGGACGAUCAGGGUCUCGCCAAGAUGGACGUAACAGGAGCCACGGGAGGAGCGUAUGGAGCCGGCAUGGCAGGAGGAGUGUUUGACCCCGUCGGUCUCAUGAAGCAACCUCAGACCAUUAUGAGAGUCGUCAACUGGGUCUUCUCGGUGAUCGUGUUCGGCUGCAUCUCCAACGAGGGCUACGUGAGCACAAACUCGUCGCCCGACCUCUACUGCGUCUUCAACCGCAACGGCAAUGCGUGCCGCUUCGGCAUCGCCAUCGGCGCCAUUGCCUUCCUCGCCAGCUCCGCCCUGCUGCUGCUCGACCUUUACUUCCCGCAGAUCAGCAGCGUCAAGGACCGCCGCAAAGUCGUCAUCUUCGACAUGGCCUUCUCCGCCGCGUGGUCGUUCCUGUGGUUCGUCUGCUUCUGCUUCCUGACCAACCAGUGGCAGAAGACCUCGGCGGACGUCGCUCCCUCCUACUCUCACGACAGCGCUCGUGCCGCUAUCACCUUCUCCUUCUUCUCCAUCAUCUCCUGGGCCGCGAGCAUCUUCUUCGCCUUCAAGAGGUACAAGCUGGGCGUGGACUCCACGCUCUCCGAGGGCUACGUGGACCCGGCCUUGGCCGAGGGGCAGGGCGGCGGCGGUGGUGCCGCGUUUGGCAGCGAGGCCCCUCAACCCGGCAGCGGCGGAGACUUCUAUCAGCGCUCACCCUCCUUCCCAGACGGCCACGGCAUCGACCAGACCGCCGAUGGGUACCAGACCCAGUACUAACCACCCCACUCCCCUUCCUGGUACCACGAGUGAGACCAACCGUGCCGUGAUGAAAGCAAGGUGCGAACCCCCUAAGCAAAAGAGCUCUUAUCUUGUAGGUGCACGCACGUACGCACGCGCAGGCUGUGUGUUUUGGGACUGUCCCGGCAAUGGUUUGAAAACAAUCGUUCGUGAUUCCAAAGGUAUCGCACCUAGGAUACGGAGCAAGAGCAGACACACCUAGAAAAUAUUUCCAAUCUGAUCGGUUUGUUCAUUAAUUGACAUGUGCUUUAUUGCCGAAGUAGGAACUUUAAAUGAGGAUUUUAUCAUCACUUGGAGGAAAGACGGAUGUGGCCACUUUGGCACAACGGGCCAUCUUGAGGAAAUACCGUGUAUAACUUCACAUCACGUAAAGCGCACCAAGUAAUUUUCCUGAUGUGGAGCAUGACACAUAUAACGCGAGAUUAAGUUCAGCGAUUUAGAUUCUAAUGAUGUUCUAAGAAUGGCAAGGAAGAAAAAUUUGGCACACAAAAAAAGUUACAAUCCAAAGAUUUAAAAUGACAGAUGUUGAUCAGUUUCACUCACAGGGCAGGGCCAUCCGAAAGUUUAAGUCACCUCCUCCGGUGGGAGUAAGACACUAAAGCCAAUUUAAAAGUUGGCAACGCUUGCUACUAAUUACGCGUUGUAUUACACCGAAUGGAAAUAAUGGCUCAGUGGGUUUACCAGAGUGUCCAGGAAGACAUGAUCGUAUCUGCUUUCUCCUUGACAGACCUUUAAACUUGUGAAGGACAGUCCAGAACACACAGCCGAUGUACUUACAAGAUAAAAUGUAUUUGCCCGUUGUGGUGCAUCUUCCUUGAAACGAGAUAUCUAACCUGUUGAAUUAAAGUGGUUGUUUCACAUGGGCACAGAUCAGAUAUUUCACUUGCCCAGUGGUACCGCCAGCGUUGGCACAAUUUGGUUUACAUGGUCAAUGCAAGUGAAUUAUGUGACAACCAAUUUGGUUUACAUGGUCAAUGCAAGUGAAUUUUGUGACAACCUUUUCACGCUGAGUGGGUUAUCAAAAUUAGAUUUUAUUUUACGUAAAAAGAAAGUCCAAAACUAUCCUCCAAAGUAGCAUUGAAGGAACUAGAAAUUGGAGGCAGCCAAGAAAGAUUUGGGAUUGAGAAUGUGGCAGGCUGGAAGGGGUUUAAACCACAAGCAGCUGAUCUAGAGGUUGAGCACCUUUCAAGGCGCCAACACGGUGUCCCGAUUACAGUAAUGCCCCACUUUACGUCGGAGAUGCGUUCCUGAAAUGUGUGACGACGUAUAUCGAAACGACCUCAAUCAAAGCGAUUUACCGAGUAGGUGGAGGCGAAGGCUGAGGCGACGGAUACGAGAAAGUAUGGAUGAUGCUGUCAACGACGUAGGUGUGUGGAUUGAGGCGACGCAAAAUUGGGUAGCGGUGUUUAUAAAGUGAUGACGUAUUUGCGAACCCACGUAAAAGGGGGAGACGUAAAUCGGGGUAUUAUUGUACAUCAUCGUUAGGCCGGUCAUGAGAAACUGAUACAUUAAAAAAAUGCCACUCAAAUUGUGCCACCAAAAGUCGUACCAUUAUACGCUCUGGCCCAUAGAGUUGUGGGGCAGUUCACCACUCCAGCCCUGAGUCUCCAAGUAAUCAUCUUUCCGUGUAUUUUAUUAUAUUUCACUCUCAAACUCUGCGAAAUAAUUCAGUGUUGAGGGACAUUCCCUCAUUGUGGGACAGGCACUCCAGUUUCCCUCCAUAUGCUAAGCCACUAAUUUUUUUACUUUGUCACAAAAAAUUGCCGACUUGGCAACACUUUCCUAGGUUUAUAUUCUUGGUUCUUUCGUUAAAGUCACAUAGAAGGGAAGAACCAAGAAUAUGAAUCCCUGCAGUCACGAAAGCUUUAAAUCAAAAUUUCCUAGGUUUGUUAACUGUUAUUAUUCUAGACUCCAAGGAGCAGUAGGGUUGAUUGACAAGGCCCCCACGUUUAAGACCUUGCAUCUAGUUUUUUUUUAAUCAGUUGCUGAGUUAAUACCCCGAGCUGUAUAAAACCAAAGCAGCCAGCAACUAAGAGCACUGAUGAUCAACACAGGAGAUGACUGCAUACACGUUUCUCAAAUCGAGCAAGGUCAUAGGAACUUGAAAAAUUCAUCGAUGUUGAUGGGAGAGUUUCAAAUGUUAAGCAGUGCGUGGAACAACAAGAGUUAGAAUGUUAGAUACAUGUUGAGUACCCUAAUAGUGUCGUCAAACACCAUAUAAAACGAGCAAUCACAUGAUAUAUUAUUUGAAAAUGAUCGUUUUCAUAUUUUUUCUUAACAGGUUUAUGUUACUUGUUAAUUUGUGUAUCCCAACAUCGCUCAUCUCUUUAAGAUUUUUUGAAAUCUCAGCUUUGCUGUGCACCAGCGUGAGAUUCUUUUUUUUACGUAAAUGCCGUGUUAUUAAUUUUAAUCGUAAUUAUUUACACGCUUCUUUGUGUAGAUGUGUUUAAAUCACGGAAUGAUGGGCCUGGAGUUUGAGAACUGUUCUGGUGGUAUUGCGGGUACCGUACAAGGUGCAUCCACGUUGGCCAGAUAAUGAGUGAUGGCCUGUAAAUCAGGCUCGGAGCGGGUUUGUGUGAUCGUCAUUGUUGUUGGUGUUGUUUGUGGCCAUUGAUUUUAUUUUUUUUACAUUAAGUUAGUAUAUCAAUCAUUCACGUGUGGUAGGGUAAAAUAUGGGUAACGCCCACCUCUUCCAAGAUGUCUGAGCAGCAUGGAAGUGUCAGCCAAACAUAACCCUCUACCAGGCGCUCUGUGGAGCUCCCUCGAGCGAAGGCCCUUCCCGUCAGCAGUGGUGUGAGCGAGUCAUUGCAGGGCUGCGCCUUCGCCUGGAACAUUAAGACUUGAUUUUUCUGAGUGCAUUCGCUCGCCCGUCUGUUAUUAAAUUAGCAAGGGGACUACCUUCACGUGUACAAGCGAAGACGCGCAUUACCCUGCUCUGCAUAUACAGCGCUGUGUGCCACGGGCAUCACUUACUUACGGACCUGCCUAAGGUCGCGUAUGCCGUUCCCGGGUCCCUGAUGUAUGGAGGCGGCCGCCUCUGUUAUCUAUUGCCCAGAUAAACACACGGGGCCAUCUGUGCUCUAUUUCAAUGAGCGUGGUUAAUGGGAUACACACACGCGCGCGCGCACAGAGAGCAGCUGCUGACUGGCUGCACUUAAUAAAUUGAAUGUUCCGCGCGCUGUAACUAUACUGCGUCCAUGCCUGCAUAUGAUCGUCUCGUCGAGCAACCUAUUUCAUCGACAUAUAUCGUACAUAAACAGUCGUGGGGGUUUUUUCCAAAAAUGUAAAAGCUCGCGACGCUUAAAAUGGAAAUUUUAUCGCGAGACAGGCGGCCCUCUCCACUUAUUGAACGAAUUUGCGCCACACAUUUACGGGACACUUGUGCCCAUAUAUGGAUCCAUGUGUGGCCAGAAAAGUAUAUCGCCCGUCACAAUCCUUUUAGGAAUAUAUCGACUUUUCUUGGCAACACUUGAAAUGUUCUGAUGAGUGGUCGCUCGCUUCAUGAUGCAAUCCCAUUCGCACUUAACAGGGUCUUGUAUACUUACGAAGAUCCCCCAUAUACCCUUUAACACUGUUGGAGCGAGUGACAUUGGCGAGCAGAACCACGCCCAGCCGCCUUCGAUCUUCCCUGCUGCUGAUGGAAGCGUCAAUUAGAGAACAAGUUGAGGUCCCUUCAGUUAUCUCUUAUCCACACUCUGGGCACACACUUGCUAUGCCUUGCCAACAGUGCUCAUGACAACGCAAGUGCGUUUCUGUCAUAAUUAGAAUUUUGCUGAAAUAAGUGACAAGUCAAAUUUAAACACGAUGACUGCUCGUGCCCUGCUCUCGGAGGUGUUUGUCUGAUGCGAAAUCAAGAUUGAAUAUUCGCUAUUAAGUGAACACCACUUUAAUGUUCGUUUUUAUCGUAUAAUCAUUGGUGACCAGGAGAUCGUGUAAACUCACGACAAUUGAGAACCCCGUUUCUAAAUCACACGUGGCUGGAACUCUUCAUUUCGAACCCCAGUUCUAAGCGGUGCUGGCUCCAUGUCUGACAGUAUUAGCCCUCAUUCGGCUACCCGGUGACCUCGUGGCAGAUUUUGACACUUGCGCUAAUUUAUUCUCUAUUAAAAGGCCGUAUUGUUAUGACUUUGAAGCAGCAAAGACUGUACUGUACAGAGAAGUCCCUUUUAACUCGUACGCCUCUGUAGCCUCCUAUCAGUGGUUUUAUGCUUUUGAUUUCAGCAGUAUGUACUGUCAAGUUUACAGAGGUUAGUAUAUGCCUCUGCAUUAGAUGGCUUAUGGACAUAAAACUAGCAUGGAUAUAAUCAGCUUCAUUAUCACUACCAGAGAUCAAUCGUGCUUACAUUCAUCACCACUAUUACAAUGGCAUCAGUGGAACUGGUUGCAGUCAUUAUUGGCCAUCAUGCUUAAAUAAUCACCAUCGCUCUCAUCAUUAGAUUGACUACUAUCAUUAGCAUUUUUCAAAUGCAAUGCAUUUUUCAUGCCAAACAUUGUGCAGCUCAUAAUUGCAACUUUGAUACAAUACCGGGUGGUUCAUUAAAAGCCAGAAGUUUUCCUGGAAUGACAGAGUGUACAUGGAAAAAACUGUAUUUAAUUGCAGGGUUUUUUUUAAGUAUUGUAACUUCACGGUAAUGUUCCGGCUUGUCAGUCAGGCUCGUUGUGUCCGUUACGAAUCGUCUGCUGUAGCAAAGGGAGGGGAUUUCACUACAAAAGGUGACCCCCACCCACGUAAAUGGAUUUUUUUUUAAUACAAAGUAUAAAUAUAUGGAUGUCUACAACUGUAAUAAAGGAAUAAAUAAAACAUCACCAAUGCACAUGAAGCACAAAGGCAGGCCGCGUGCAAGUGCUGUACAACUCUUAUCCGUGUUGAUGUGCGGGAUAAACAUCACGGAGCCUAUUAUCUGCGAUAUCUGCGUUCUAUUUACUUUCUGCAGAAAGAAAAAAAGCGUAUUUCAAAUAAUACGAUGUAUUUGACAAUUAACUCGCUAUUAUCCACUGAACAUUUACAGAUAAGUGGCGCAUUUCCUUAGGGUGCAAGCAAGGAAUGGGGCCAGUGAAGCCCCGUGGACAACACACAAAUGAUUAGUGUGGAAAUGCCGUGCGACUCAAACCUAUCCAUGGAAAAUGCAGAUAUGAAUGAUCCCGUUUGACGACAAACCCCACGGACAAUUCAAACAAUAGGGGCACAAAUAACAAAAGCCUUGGGGACACAAUAGCUCCCACUGAUAACAGGAGUCAUGGGUAAUAGGGUGACGGAUAAGGGGAGUUCCUCUGUAAACACAGGCUCAAUGGAGUCGUGCUCGUGGGCUGCUGUGUAGAGUAGGCUGAUAUGUGUUUGUCGUUCACUGUGGACCGUGCUGUGUGGAGGUGUUAAAGGAGAAAAUAUAAUUUAGAACAAUCCAUUAAAAAGGCAAAAGAGAUGUAUUGGGAACAUGGUCCGAAAGUACAGCUUCAAAGGAAGGAAGUUUGGAAAGGAGGAUAUUGGUAAGGUCAAGGUAAGGUCAAGGAGACAAAAUGACGGAUGCCGCCCGACGACUUGAAGCAAGUGAUGAGGGGGUGUACAGUCGAAUGAAUAAAGCUUAAGAUCAAGCAGGAUUGGUCAAGCCAAAGACCUGUCAUUGGGCAGAUGAGUAAAGGAGGUAAUCACAAAACCCCUGACAAUCAUAGGACAUCUGUCUCUCACCCACACUCACAAAGACUCAAAUCGCCGUGUAAAAAAAAAAAAUUUCGACACCUGUAAAGUUUCCCUUAAUGCCCCCCCCCCCCCCACCACCUUUCCAUC